AGAUGAAGUCAGAGCCUGGUCUGGGAGGAAGGCGCCUGUGCCCUCCAGUUAAGUCUUCUCUCUGUAAAGCACCGCUCCAGGACGGGGUCCGGGCUGAGACGGAAGCACAGCCGCACAACGUUUUCGUAAACCUCGCGGUGCGUAGGCCGCUCUCUUCCUAGCGGGGCCGCCUACCGCAGGCGGCUGGAGGCAGCCCGCGAGGGUGCGAAGGUCCCGCGGCUCGAGCGGCGGAGCGACUCCCUCGGGGGAGGAGAAGGCGCGCUUUGAACCAGGCGCCGGGAGGCAGAGAAGGAGAGCCAUGGGGAGCCUGAAGGAAGAGCUCCUGAAGCCCAUCUGGCACGCUUUCACCGCCCUCGACUUGGACAGGAGCGGUAAAGUCUCCAAGUCGCAGCUUAAGGUCCUUUCUCACAACCUCUGCACUUUGUUGAAAGUUCCUCAUGAUCCAGUGGCCUUAGAGGAGCAUUUUAGGGAUGAUGAUGAAGGGCCUGUUUCUAAUCAGGGAUAUAUGCCUUAUUUAAAUAAAUUCAUCUUGGAAAAGGUUCAAGACAACUUUGACAAAGUUGAAUUCUAUAAAAUGUGCUGGACUCUGUGUGCCAGAAAAAAUCUCAAGAAAAGUACAUUACUCCUUACUGAUGAAGAUGCUUUUAAAGUAUGGGUCAUCUUCAAUUUUCUAUCUGAAGACAAAUAUCCAUUAAUCAUCGUGCCAGAAGAGAUUGAAUAUUUGCUUAAGAAGCUGACAGAAGCAAUGGGAUUAGGUUGGCACCAAGAACAGUUUGAACAUUAUAAGAUCAGUUUGGAUGCCAAUUGGGAAGGUCUUUCUGUUUGGGAACUGAUUGAGCUCAUUGGAAGUGGUCGGUUUAGCAAAGGGUUGGAUGGAACAACAGUUUCAAUGGGCAUUAAUGAAGUCUUCAGUGAACUUAUAUUGGACGUAUUAAAACAGGGUUAUAUGUGGAAGAAGGGUCACAAAAGGAAAAACUGGACAGAACGUUGGUUUGUUUUAAAACCAAAUGUUAUAUCCUACUAUGUUAGUGAAGAUUUAAAAGACAAAAGAGGAGACAUUGCACUGGAUGGCAACUGUACUGCAGAGGCCUUGCCCGACAAAGAUGGCAAAAAAUGUCUCUUUCUUAUAAAUAAUUCAGAGAAAUGUUUUGAGAUUAGUGCCUCUGAUAAGAAGAAGAAACAGGAGUGGCUUCAAGCCAUUCAGACAAUGGUAAAUCUGCUGAAAUUAAAAAGCCCUUCACCUCAUAAAGAGGCACGCCAGAAACGGAAAGAAUUACGCCAAAAACUGCAGGCGGAACAAGCAGAACUGGAGAGACAAAUGAAAGAGCUCCAAAUAGCAAAUGAAAAUAAACAGAAGGAACUGGAAACCGUCCGAAAGCAACUAGAAGAGGCAGCCGCUCGAGCCUCAGAAGAAGAGACAAAACGUCUGCAGACUCAUAUGGAAUUACAAGAUCGAUUCAGUCUUGAACUGGAGAGAGAAAAAAUGGUAAGACAGAAAAUGGAAGAACAGGUUGCUCAGAAAUCAUCUGAGCUUGAGCAGUACUUAGUGAGAGUCAAAGAACUUGAGGAAAUGUAUAAUCAGCUACAGGAAGCUUUGGAGGAUGAGAAACAAGCCCGUCAAGAUGAGGAAACUGUCAGGAGACUUCAGGCCAGACUGCUAGAAGAAGAGACAACCAAGAGAGCAGAGUUGGAAAAGUGGCACUUGGAACAGCAACAGGCCAUUCAGGUGACUGAGGCAGAAAAGCAAGAAUUGGAAAACCAGAGGAAAAUGAAGGAACAUGCUCUACAGGUCGCCAUGCAGCAGUUGGAAGAAUUGGAAUUGGAGAGGAAGCAAGCCUUUGAACAAUAUGAGGAGGUAAAGAAGAAAUUGGACGUAGCAGCAAGCAAAACUAAAAAUUGGAAAGAUAGAGUAGCUCAUCAUGAGGGAUUAAUUCGAUUAAUUGAACCAGGUUCCAAGAAUUCCUAUUUGAUCACUAACUGGGGGCCGGCGGCCUUCACUGAAGCUGAACUUGAGCAAAGAGAGAAGAAUUGGAAAGGGAAAAGGGACACGUCUGAUUAGGAAACGUGGCUGAAAUACAAUUGAGGGCCAUACAGAUCAGAAAUCUGAUAAUUAAAUAAUCAAUUUACUGCAUGCUAGUCAAGAUACUUAAAGAAAUUGAAUACAAAAAACAAAUUCUACCGCACAACAUGAAUUAUAACAGAAUUUCUGAGAGAGCUAAAUUAAAGUUUACAUAAACUGAAUAAUUGUGUACAGUUUAUAAAAAUCUAAAUGCUGUAAUUUGAAGUGUGUUCUUUUUAAAUUUGGAAUUGGACAAGUUGAAUGAGCUAGAACAUAUUGGGAAUAUAUUGUUAACAUAUUGUUUCUAACAAUAGAAAACUGCGAACGUACCCAUCUAUUUUUAUACCUGGGGCAAUAAAAGCUUAUGUGAACAGUAGGAAGAUUGUUAUCUUUGGUAAAUCCAGGCCAAAGAUACAUGGAGAUACAGCAGUUUGAACCAAUAUGUCAGGAUAUUAGUGGUGCACUGAAUUAGUGUGUGACUGAAAUACUUUCCCCAUAUAAAUACAGAAUAUAUUCUCAAGUAGUAAUUUUUGACUCUUAAUAAUUCUGUAGUUUGAAAGGGAGAAAAAGAAAGAAAAAUUGAACACCUCGCAGCCUUCUUUGAUUUUUUUUAUCAUUACACUAAUAGCAUGAAGCCAACAGAUAGCUGAAUAUCAUUUUUGAUUUUGUUGAGAGAUGGUUAGGAUCUUGAUCCAGAAAUACAUGGUCUAAUCUUGACCAUAUGAACAUAUUUCUUCUGUGAAAAUAUGCAUAGGGUUAUCCAUAUGGUCAACCAAUUGAUUACAACCAAUUCAAAUUAAUAAUCUAUCCUCGUUCACUAAAUUUCCUUGAUUUCAUAUGUAGUCCAGAUACAACGAAUAAUUGUUAAAUUAUUUUGCAGGUAAAUGUAGCAUUAAUAUAUUAGACUUAAAAGUAAUGAAGUUUAUAAUAUUAUCAGUAGAUUCUCUGUAGCUCAACUAUUUCUGAAGUAGAAUAUUACUUUGAAAAAGAUCAGCUAAUCAAUUGUAGAAGUCAUUAGGAGAAUCAUGCAAAUGCUGUCAAAUAAGUGCCCAUUCAUUUAAUUAAAAAUGACGGAACUCUCUUAUUAAUUGAGUUGAAAUUAGGAAUAUAUGCAGCAUCAAUAAUGCUGACUGAGUUGGAAACUUCAAAAUUUGGGCCUUUUUAAGAAAAGAAGCUAGAUAGGUAGGCAAAACUCAUCUCAAACAUCAUCUUCCCAGGAGGAAGUUAUCUUGGAUAUUUGUUUUUAAACUGUGUUGUGCUUUUGUUAAUGAGAUUUGGUGGGGGUUUUUUGUAAAAAAUUGUGUCUAGAAAGGCAAGAUACUAAAUAGUGAAAUAACUUUCAAAAUAAGAAAUGAGCAACUAUUGAUGGAUUACAACAGUGUUAGCUUCUUUGUGUAGUUUCUUUUUUUUAGGAGUGAUAUUGUAUCAUGGAACUGCCUUGACUAUGAUCACUGAAGCCACAUAUCAAAGGAAAAACUACUGGCUUAAGCUUUGGGGUCUCCACAAAGAAUGGAAAUAGGCCACUUAACAUUGAUGGAAAUAAUUUUGUAUAUGCAAAAUAGCCUAUCAGAAUUGCCAUCUGAAAGUUGGACUGUUUUAUGGAGCUACAUGGGAGGCAUCAUUGAAGGCCAUCAAAGUGAAGCAUCAAAUUGAGGCUUUGCACAAAUCUCCAUUUUUAUUUUGUUGUGUUUUUCUAACUGAAAAGUGUUUAUAAAAUAAGUUCAACCUGUUUAAUGAGUAUUAUAGUGUAAUACUAAGUUUUCUUAAAUGUGCAGUUACUGUACAGUAAUCAUGACUUUUUAUGCUGUUGAUAUAUAAACAUUCUAGUUGGAUAGGAACCAAUAAUACUGUACUAGGAGUGUUGUAUUCUGGUACAUCCUGAGAAACCAGUUGAGAUAUAUUUAUAAUAUGAAAACUACCAAAUCAUGAUUGUUAAUUUACAUUAGUUAAGCUAUUUGUUGUGCUAAUUACGGUUGGACCAAAUUAAGAAACUGCCAGUUUUUCAUAUGUUCCAUUUUGUUUUUGGUUUAGUAUUUGUUAAAAUAAAUAAAAACAACUUUAGUAUUUGCA